AGGCAUGCAAUUACUUUACAUGAACAGUUCUUCAACAAAAUUGAUGUGAAAUUGAAUGAGGUGAGUUAUAUUUUCGCUAUUCUCUCGUAUACCACUUUGGUAAAGGAAUUGCCAAUAUUUACAGUUUCUCUUGCAUUCCCUUCGCCAAAGGUCUACCCAAAGGUGCAUUCCUUUACAUUCGCUUCACUUUCAGAAGCUUUCAUUCAUGUUAUCCAUUUACAUCGAUCAUUUAUCGAAAAGUCUCAUAAUGCGUUAUGUGUAAAUAUUAGUAAUUUCCUGCGAAAGCUAAAAAUAUUAGAGACGCAAGUCCAUUAUGAAAGCUUAUCAAAUUCGUUAGAUGACGCUUUGAUGCGGAAGGCGUCAAUAUGUCGUACUCGUCCCAACGAAAUUACCGAUGCUAAAAAUGCUCUAACUGCCGUUGGUACUUGUUUUGCUCACACUGCACUGGAUUAUGUUGCUCAGAUUAACAUUGCCCAUGCUCAUAAGGACCAUCUUAUUCUUGAUGGUUUGUGGUCAUUCAUAAAAGAAUGCAGUUCUUUUUUUACUCGCGGCCAUUCUUUUUUCGACGAAUGGACAGCUAUGGAAAGCGGACCGAUAUGUGAGACUGUGGCAGUAUUAGCAGAUAAAAGUAAAACGAUAGAAAGAAAAAUGCAGGAUCGUCAUGCAUUGGUACCAAAGGAAGUUUUUCUUCAUCCAGCUGGUAUUUCUCCAGACGAAGAUGUUAUCAUGGAAGGAUACCUUUUUAAAAGAGCAACUAAUGCCUUCAAAACAUGGCAUCGACGAUGGUUUCAAAUAAAAGACAAUAAAUUGAUAUACAGCCAUCGGUCAGUAGCAAUGGAAACGCCAACUGUUAUGGAACCCGAUUUGAAAUUAUGUCUUGUUCGAUCUGCACCUCCUUCAGUGGAUAGAGCAUCAUGUUUUGAACUGAUAACACCUUCAAAGUUUCAUUUGUUGCAAGCAGAUUCGGAUGCCUUAUGCAACGCUUGGAUACGAGCACUUCAACGGACUAUACACCAUUUACACGAAGUGGAUGAUAAUUUAGACAAUUUCAAACCAGCUAUAUCUUCUGUUUCUGAUUCUUCAACAUUAACAAAUUGCUUUCGUGAUACUUUAUUAACUGAAUUAUGGCAAAUACCAGGGAAUGAGAAGUGCGCUGAUUGUGGUGCAAAAGCUCCAAAAUGGGCUAGCAUAAAUCUUGGUGCGUUAAUAUGCAUUGAGUGUUGUGGCAUUCAUCGAAGUUUUGGUGUACAAGUAUCGAAAGUUCGCUCAUUAACAAUGGAUUCAUUAGAACCAGAACAGCGUAAAUUAAUGCUCGCUUUAGGGAAUCGUGUUGUGAAUUCAGUAUAUUUAGCACACUUACCCGAGUCAAAUAUCGUACCACCUCCAUCAAAACCAACUUCAUCACGACCAGCUCGAGAAGCCUGGAUUAAGGCGAAAUAUAUUGAAAAGCGAUUCGUGCGAAAGUCCUCUGAACGUGUAAGAAACUUUGCACAUUUAAGAGCUGAGGGAUGUUUUCUUCGUGCUAGGGACGAUGAUGGCGACGGUAUAAGAGUCUUAGAAGCAGCGAAAUCCGGAAAUAUUACUUCUUUGAUUCGCCUGAUCGCCGAGGGAGUUGAUAUAAAUUCUACAUUCGCUAAUACUACAGCCUUACAUGCUGUGCUAAAAAAUGGGGAUUGUGUAAUGGUUGAAUUUCUCUUGUUGAAUGGAGCAAAGGUAAACGCGCUUGAUGCCUCAUUGAAUACGCCAUUACAUCUCGCAUCAUCUUUGGGACAUACAUUAAUUGUUUGUCAGUUAAUGAAACGAGGUGCAGAUCAGCGGCUAUGUAAUCAUGCCGGCGAAACACCAUUAGAUGUAGCUGUGGAGAAAAAGCACGCUGAUAUCGUAACAUUGUUACGUCUGCAACAAAUGCGAAAUGAAUUCAGAGAUGAAUUUAAUAAUCCAAUGGAUGAAACGGUUGAUGAUAUUAUGCUUGAUAUAAGUCGUAGAAAGACGAAAAUUUAUUUUUAG